AUGGCUAAAGUGGCGGCUCUCCUGGAACAAGAGAGAGCCAGAACACCCAAGGAGAGGGUUUACGCACGAAGGCCUCCUUACCCACUAAAAGUACUCAGCAAACCAUACCUUGAGAGGUAUGAGCCAAGGGCCUUUGCAGUUGAGCAUGUGAGCAAGUUUAUUGUUACCCUUGGCCCUUACGUCGCAGACGAAGACUUAUGUUUGCGAGAAUUUUCAAAGUCACUGUAUGACCAGGCAUACACCUGGUACAUUGGCUUAAAACCAGGAUCGAUCCCAACUUGGGAUGACAUGAUGGAUGUAUUUUGCACUAAGUACUUCCAUGGAGAGGAAACAGUAACGCUCGCAUCCCUGCAAGCGACCAAGCAAAGGAAUGGUGAAGAUUUGAUGGAAUACAUCAAGAGGUUCAGGGACAUAACACUUGACUGCUAUGACCAUUGUGAAGAAAGGACCUUAGUAGAAAUGUGCAUGACUAACAUGAUUUGGGAAUUUAGAGCUAUCCUGGAAAAUCUAGAAAUUUCCCAGUUUGCACAGCUGUUGCAGAAAGCCAGGAAGACAGCCCAGUCUGUAAAACCAAGUUCAAACAAAAGAAACGCCCCGCAGGCUAUGGCGGUGUCUACUGGAGAGCGGAGAAGGAAAACUGAAGGGAGGGAAUAUGAUACGCCCCCACCCAUACUAUUUACUCCUAAGGAGCUGGAUGUGCUGCUAGACAAAUGGAUAGCGAACGGAAUCUUUAAACCUAACCAGGUUUCCAAAGAACCCACGGAGGAAGAAAGAAGAGAUCCUCACUUCUGCCGCUUGCACAACUAUGUACAACAUCCCACCACAGAAUGCUGGACACUCCGCAGAUUGGUGCACUGCAGGAUUAAAGAAGGCACAUUGGAGUUAACCUAG